CUUCACACAAAUGACCUGUUGAGAUAAUAAAUUCAUGUAACGACAAUAGGAGGUUAGAGGUACACCAACACUGUGUAGCAACACCACCCGAUAUAGGUACAUCAUAAGCAGUGGACAAACACAGAUGAGAAGUCAGGUUGAUGUCCACCCAGGGAUAUAUAACUCCGGUUGUUAUUUGUGGACUAUGUUUGCUAGCACAGUUCGCUACAGCAUGGCAGGAAUAUCUGACGUUUGACAACUGCUACAAUAUAUACAGGGUAACUGAAAGACAUUCGUACGUAUUGUCCUGGACAGGAUACAGUCAUGAUCCCGGAUGUCGGGUGUCCUUCCACGGUUACGAUUCGUUUUACCCGGGCGAUAAAUAUAAACUAUGUAUAACAGUGACAAAUUGGACUAUUGAGAACUCAGAACUCAGUUUAAAAUAUUACUCGGGUAGAGGGAUGUACCAAGAAGUUCUUAAGAAGGAAUAUACUCAGAGUGACACUCUAGGUCAACAGUGGUGCUCAGAACAAGAUGAAUUUGUCGAUAUUUUACUGAAGACGACUAGACCAAGUCCAAUGAAAAGUUAUAUAAAUGUACAGGUUACUGCUACGAGGACAUUCAAAAAUAUAAACGUCAGAGAAACAACUAGUGCCGUUGUAGGAGGAAUCAUAGGAAUUGUCGUUCUUUGUUCGAUAGCUGUCUUCUGUAUGAGAUGGGGGCACUAUUGCAAAAAAACGGCUACAAAUUCUAGGUCAAAUAAUACAGCAAUAUACACAGUACAAUCAAGACACCAACGACAAGAAGGUUUAAGUAAUCCAGGACAUUCUACAGAACCAACAGACCCACCUUCUUAUGAUAGUGUCUUACAGAAUUAUGAUAAUCCACCAGCGUACUCUGAAAUAUAUAUUAAAGAGGAACCACAAUCUCCAUCACCGAGGAUAUAAUAUGAGUUUACACUCUCUCGGGGAUAUCAUAGCAAUUUACUCCAUGCAAUUGACAUAGUUCUGGUAACAGAUUACACUCUAUGACGACUCUAUCCUAUUGACAUAGUUCUGGUAACAGAUUACACUCUAUGACGAAGAAAUAAAAUGAGUUUACUCUGUUACAAAAUAUACAAUAUCAGUAUAUUCUAGACCAAGGAUAUGAUAUCAGUAUACUCUAUGCCGAGGAAACAAUAUCAGUAUAUUUUUUUACCAAGGGUAUGAUAUCAGUUUGUUGCCAUCUAUAUAAUACCAGUCUACUGUAUGCCGAGGAUAUGAUAUAAGUUUACUUUUUGCCGAGGAGACGAUAUCAGUAUAGUUUUUACCAUGGAUAUACUAUAAGUUUAAUGUAUGAAAAGAUACAAUAUCAGUUUAUACUAACCAAAGAUACAGUAUCAGUUUACUCUAUGCCAAAGACAAAAUAUCAUGUUACCGAUGCUAAUUACACAAUAUCCGCUUAAACUAUGCCAAUGACACAAUAUGAGUUUACUGUAUGUCAUAGAUAUAUUUCAGUUUACUCUAUGCCAAUGACACACUAUCAGUUUAAUCUAUGUCAAAGACACAGUAUCAGUUCACUCUAUGCUAAUUACACAAUAUCAGUUUACUCUA